UCCACCAUCACCAUCUUCUGUCUUGUCGAUUCCGUCCGUCGACAAGGUCACUGGAGUACCUCUCUUUGGCUGUCAUCCUUAGAACCCACUUUUAUGUUUUAAUUCCCCCCCAUGAAUGUCUUCUUUUCUUUCGCCAGACGAGACUCCCCAUCUUCAUUACUUGCGGUAGAAACACCCUUUCUCCAUUAACGACAACCCAUUUCGAGCCUCCUAACUCCUACCAACUCCCCCUCCUAACGCCACCUGUCAUCUCCCCUCUACUCGCAGUAGACCAGGUCUCGACCAUCCCCAAUGUCGGAGAGCUAUGAUGUGGGGACGAGAGCGUGGCAGGUCGACCAGACCGAGGGCUGGGUUGCGUCCGAGGUCAUCAAGAAGACGGUAGAUGGCUCAAAGGUCACCCUCGUUUUCAAGUUGGAAAAUGGCGACACUAGGAAACUCGAGAUCUCUCUCGAGGCCCUUCAGACCGGUAGCGAUCCGUCAUUACCACCGCUGAUGAACCCGACCAUGCUCGAGGCCAGCGAUGAUCUAACCAACCUGUCCCACCUCAACGAGCCAGCUGUCCUGCAAGCUAUCCGUCUGAGAUAUGCCCAGAAGGAGAUAUACACAUACAGCGGCAUAGUGCUGAUAGCCACGAACCCCUUCGCACGUGUCGAUUCGCUCUACGUCCCGGGAAUGGUGCAGGUGUACGCCGGGAAGCAGAGGGCAACCCAGGCUCCCCAUCUGUUUGCCAUCGCUGAAGAGGCUUUCAUGGACAUGCUACGGGACGAAAAGAACCAGACCAUCGUCGUGUCGGGCGAAUCAGGAGCGGGCAAGACGGUCAGUGCAAAGUACAUCAUGCGCUACUUCGCGACAAGAGAGACGCCAGGAAACCCGGGGGCUAGGUCAAAGAAGGGGUCCGAGGCGAUGAGCGCGACCGAGGAGGCAAUCCUUGCCACGAACCCCAUCAUGGAAGCCUUUGGCAAUGCGAAGACGACCAGAAACGACAAUUCGUCGCGGUUCGGGAAGUACAUCGAGAUCAUGUUCGACAAGGAGACCAGCAUCAUCGGCGCCAAGAUCAGAACCUACCUGCUGGAGCGGUCGAGGCUGGUCUUCCAGCCGUUGAAGGAACGGAACUACCACAUCUUUUACCAGAUGGUCGCUGGCAUAUCGGACAAGGAGCGCCAGGAGCUAAACCUCCUCCCUGUCGACCAAUUCGACUAUCUCAACCAGGGCAACAUGCCGACGAUCGACGGAGUGGAUGACAAGGCUGAAUACCGGGCGACUAGGCAAUCACUGAAGACGAUCGGGGUGAGCGAGGCACAGCAAACCGACAUCUUCAGGCUGCUUGCCGGCUUGUUGCACCUGGGAAACGUCAAGAUUGGCGCUUCUCGAAACGACAGUGUGCUUGCCCCGACAGAGCCGUCUUUGCAACGUGCCUGCUCCAUCAUUGGUAUUGACUCGACCGAGUUCGCCAAGUGGAUCGUGAAGAAGCAACUUGUCACGCGUGGGGAGAAGAUCACGUCCAACUUGACCCAGGCCCAGGCCAUUGUCGUCCGGGAUUCCGUUGCCAAGUUCAUCUACUCGAGCCUGUUCGACUGGCUUGUGGAAAUUAUCAACCGCAGUCUGGCUACCGAGGAUGUGCUGAGCAGGGUCAGCUCUUUCAUCGGUGUCCUGGAUAUCUACGGAUUUGAACACUUCGCCAAGAACUCGUUCGAGCAGUUCUGCAUCAACUACGCCAACGAGAAGCUUCAGCAGGAGUUCAACCAGCACGUCUUCAAACUCGAGCAGGAGGAAUACCUCAGGGAGCAGAUCGACUGGACCUUCAUCGACUUCUCCGACAACCAGCCGUGCAUCGACCUUAUCGAGGGGAAGAUGGGCAUCUUGUCCCUGCUAGACGAAGAGUCGAGGUUGCCCAUGGGCGCCGACGAGCAGUUCGUCACCAAGCUACAUCACAACUACGCCGCCGACAAGAACAAGUUCUACAAGAAGCCGAGGUUUGGCAAGUCGGCCUUCACCGUCUGCCACUACGCCAUCGACGUCACCUACGAGUCCGACGGCUUCAUCGAGAAGAACCGUGACACCGUCCCGGACGAGCACAUGGCAGUCCUUCGAGCCUCCACGAACAGGUUCCUUGGCUCGGUGCUGCAGGCUGCCUCGGCUGUGCGCGAGAAAGACUUGGCCUCUGCCGCGUCGAAUGCAGUGAGGCCCGCCGGUGGUAGGAAGAUCGGCGUGGCUGUCAACCGCAAGCCGACCCUAGGUGGAAUUUUCAAGUCAUCCCUCAUCGAGCUGAUGAACACCAUCAACAACACCGAUGUCCACUACAUUCGGUGCAUCAAGCCAAACGAGGCGAAGGAGGCGUGGAUGUUUGAGGGCCCCAUGGUCUUGAGCCAGCUUCGAGCUUGUGGUGUCCUGGAAACCGUCCGCAUUAGUUGUGCGGGCUAUCCUACGAGGUGGACCUAUGAAGAGUUCGCCCUGCGGUAUUACAUGCUCGUGCCGUCCCCGAAGUGGACGGCCGAGAUCAGGCAGAUGGCGAAUGCCAUCCUGACCAAGGCCUUCGGCGCGGGUACUGGCAGCGGCGUGGACAAGUAUCAGCUGGGUCUCACCAAGAUCUUCUUCCGCGCCGGCAUGCUGGCCUUCCUUGAGAACCUGCGAACCAACAGGCUGAACGAGUGCGCCAUCCUCAUCCAGAAGAACCUGAGGGCCAAAUAUUACCGGAGGAGGUAUCUGGCAGCGCGCGACUCCAUCAUCGCCUUCCAGGCCGCCACAAGGGCUUGGUUGUCGAGGUCAAAGGCCCAGGAGCUUCGGACCAUCAAGGCCGCCGUCACCAUCCAGCGAGUCUGGCGCGGGCAGAAGGAGCGGAAGCGCUUCCUCCGUAUCAGGGGCGAUGUCAUCCUCGCGCAGUCCGCCAUGAAGGGCUUCCUGCGGAGGAAGGAGAUCAUGGAGACGCGCGUCGGCAACGCCGCCCUCGUCAUCCAGCGCUCGUGGCGCUCAAGACAGGCCCUGCGCAGCUGGAGACAAUACCGGAAGAAGGUCGUCAUCAUCCAGAGCCUGUGGCGUGGCAGGAGUGCUCGCCAGGGGUACAAGGUUGUCCGUGCCGAGGCGCGCGAUCUCAAGCAGAUCUCGUACAAGCUCGAGAACAAGGUCGUCGAGCUGACGCAGUCCCUGGGUACCGUGAAGGCCCAAAACAAGGAGCUCAAGAGCCAGGUAGAGAACUACGAGGGCCAAGUGAUGGCCUGGAGGAACCGGCACAAUGCGCUCGAGGCUCGGACGAAGGAGCUCCAGACGGAGGCGAACCAGGCCGGCAUUACUGCCGCCCGACUGGAGGCGAUGGAGGCGGAGAUGAAGAAGCUCCAGAGCAACUUCGAGGAGUCGGCGGCCAACGUCAAGAGGAUGCAGGAGGAGGAGAGGCGGCUCCGAGACUCCCUCAGGGAUACGAGCACGGAGCUCGAGAUGGCCCGCCAAGAUGGCCAGCGGCAGGAGGCCGAGAAGAACUCGCUUCGCCAGCAACUGGCCGAGCUACAAGACGCCCUCGAAGUGGCGAAGAGGAACAUGCCCGUGAACGGAGAGCUCACGAAUGGCGCCGGACCGGCUCCCACAAUAGCGACUGGCCUCAUCAAUUUGGUAUCGUCCAAGAAGCCCAAGCGACGAAGUGCGGGCGCCGAGCCUCGCGAGACAGACCGCUACAGCAUGGCCUACAACCCCCGGCCCGUCUCCAUGGCCGUCAGCGGACUCAACCGCCAGAACACCCUCUCCGGGGCGACUUUCAUCCCCGGUGUGGACAACAUCGAGCUCGAGCUCGAGUCCCUCCUCGCCGACGAGGAAGGCCUCAACGAGGAGGUUACAAUGGGCCUCAUCCGCAACCUCAAGAUCCCAUCCCCCAACACGAACCCGCCCCCGUCGGACAAGGAGGUGCUAUUCCCCUCUUAUCUCAUCAACCUCGUUACCUCGGAGAUGUGGAACAAUGGCUUCGUGAAGGAGUCGGAGCGUUUCCUUGCGAACGUCAUGCAGUCCAUCCAGCAGGAAGUGAUGCAGCACGACGGCGAGGAGGCCAUCAACCCCGGCGCCUUCUGGCUCUCCAACGUGCACGAGAUGCUCUCCUUCGUCUUCCUGGCCGAGGAUUGGUACGAGGCUCAGAAGACGGACAACUACGAGUACGACCGCCUACUGGAGAUCGUCAAGCACGACCUCGAGAGCUUGGAGUUCAACAUCUACCACACCUGGAUGAAGGUUCUCAAGAAGAAGCUGCACAAGAUGAUCAUCCCCGCGAUCAUCGAAUCGCAGUCGCUGCCGGGCUUUGUCACGAAUGAGAACAACAGGUUCCUCGGUAAGCUCCUGCCGUCGAAUUCGACGCCGGCCUACAGCAUGGACAACCUUCUGUCCCUUCUCAACAGCGUCUUCCGCGCCAUGAAGGCCUACUACCUCGAGGAUUCCAUCAUCACCCAGACCGUCACCGAGCUGCUCCGUCUGGUUGGUGUCACGGCCUUCAACGAUCUGCUGAUGCGCCGGAACUUCCUGUCGUGGAAGCGUGGCCUCCAGAUCAACUACAACAUCACCCGCAUUGAGGAGUGGUGCAAGAGUCACGAUAUGCCAGAGGGCACCCUGCAGCUAGAACAUCUCAUGCAAGCUACGAAGCUCCUGCAGCUGAAGAAGGCGACAUUGAAUGAUAUCGAGAUCAUUCAGGACAUCUGCUGGAUGCUCUCGCCAAACCAAAUCCAGAAGCUGCUGAACCAGUACCUGGUCGCCGACUACGAGCAGCCCAUUAACGGCGAGAUCAUGAAGGCAGUCGCCUCUCGAGUCACGGAGAAGAGCGAUGUCCUGCUCCUCCAGGCUGUCGAUAUGGACGACAGUGGCCCCUACGAGAUUGCUGAGCCCAGGGUGAUCACAGCUCUCGAGACCUACACCCCUUCUUGGCUACAAACUCCCCGGCUUAAGAGGCUAGCAGAGAUUGUGUCGGCACAGGCCAUUGCGCAACAGGAGAAGAUGGAGUUCGGUUCGCAAGUCAGCGACUAUAACAGCGAGAUGAACGACCUGGCCGAAGUCGACGAGACGCCCGAGCCCAUCGAAGCCAGUGCCUAGUGGGCACGCCAACCUCGUAUUCUGCCGGCCAUGCCGAGGCAGAGCCCGACUUCAUUUCUCC